UAUAAGUUAACUGUUAGAUAAUGGCAUAUUUUAUCUCUUUCUAGGCGAAGUUAACGAGAUCUCCACGCUAAUGCGGAAAGCGGAGGACACGCAAACACUCGAGUGUAAGAAAUGUAAGGAGUUCUUCAAAACCAAUUCAGAACUUCGUCAACACAACAUUUAUGUCCACUUGAAGAAGUCACGCCCCCAGCAUAGCUGCUGUCAUAUAUGCAAUAUGAAAGUGAACGCACGUGACAGAGCGUCUCACAUGGAGGCAGAACACGGACGACCAGCGCCAACUUGCGGCGCUUGUGGCAAAAAGUUCAACUUUCCGUCAGAAGUUAUGCGUCAUGAAAAACGUUGUCAAUCCAGACAAAACUUUAAAUGCGAUAAAUGCAAUCACGCAUGCAUAAACGCAAAACAGUUAAAAUUGCAUAAAAAGAUCCACGAUGAAGAAAGACAGUUUGUCUGCGAUGUAUGUAAGAAAUCGUUUAAGGGAAAGGAUAUAUUAUCGAGGCAUAUGUUGUUGCAUUCGAAUAUACGCCCUUAUGUGUGUCCUGAUUGUGGGCAGGCGUUUACUCACAAGUCACAUUUGCACUGUCACCUGACUAGAAAACAUCCUGGAGUGAAGUCGGGCGUGAAAGCCGAGGAUAGCGAAAUCAUGACUCUAAAGCGAAACCAGGAUGGCACCCGAAGCUUUAUGUGCAAUAAAUGUAAGAAGUGCUACAAAACCAGCAGUCUAGUCCGCGUACACAACACUACAGUCCACUUGAUGGUUCGUCAAGAGCAUCGCCCUUGUAAAAUAUGCAACGUACUUGUGAAGAUAAGUGAAAGAGGAUCUCACAUGGAGGCUGUACACGGAAUACCAGCGCCGACUUGCGGUGCUUGCGGCAAAAAGUUCAACAGGCCAUCCUUUCUUUUGAGACAUCAAAAACUCUUUCACAUGGGAGAGAGAGAUUACAAAUGCGACAAAUGCGAUUACGCAAGCCCAACUGCCUACCAUUUGAAUGAGCAUAAAAUGAUCCACGAGGAAGCGAGGCCGUUUGUCUGCGAAGUGUGUAACAAACCUUUCAAGUGGAAGGGCGUUUUGCAACGGCAUAUGUUGAUACAUUUGAAUAUACGCCCCCACGUUUGUCCUGUUUGUGGACAGGGUUUUAUACAGAAGCCGAGUUUGCGGAACCAUAUUGGUAGAAAACAUCCUGCGGUUGAUUUAAAAUAAUCAAAUAUAUUGCGAAAUGAAAUAUAUUCUAACUGUUUUGUUUUUGU